GUCUAUACAGCUUGUCAGAGGCUGACGGAGGAUUGAGGCGACCUGAACGCGGCGCGCGGGCGGAACAGGACGAGCUUCCCUUAAUUAACGGAGCGCGAGCCCUGCAGGAAUGCCAGCGAGACGCUGUUUAGAGAAGGGAUGCUAUAGCCAGCAUGCUAUGAGAUGAACAUAUGAAUAGAAGCUGAAAUGGCUGAUCUUAAAGUCCUCUUUUGUGGUAAAGACGCUGUCCAGACUGAUCACCUUGACUGGUCCCUCAAACACCAACAAAGUCAUCACUCAGUGUGUGCAGAUGAAAGGGCCCUUUCCAAUGAAGAGUGCAGCCAGGCGUAUCUGGAGGAGAAUGUUAAUGAGGUGAACAGGCUUUCAGAACCAUGGACAGCACCUCUGCCAAUUGGACGACUCUGCAAACUCAAUGAAUGGGGAUUUGAUGAAGAAGUUGAGGUAUGUUACGAUGAGCAGUUUGAAACAGCUUUUCCAGGUGUGGCUGACUUUACUGACCAGAAAGACAGUCAGUUGUUAGCAGAGGAGACCAACUAUGACAACUUCAGUUGGAAUUCAUCCAAAGAUCUCCAAGAAGGCGCCCCAGAAUGCUCCCUGCUGUCAGUUGAUGAUUUCAUGGUGGAUUCAUCAGAAAAGUCUGUGGAUUACGGAUUUAUAGGUGCCGUUACCUUUUUAGUUACUGGGAUCUCCUUGGUUGUCAUCUCUUACACGGUCCCACGUGACGUCAAAGUGAAUCCCGAUACUGUUUCUGCCCGGGAGAUGGAACGGUUGGAGAGGGAGAACGCCCAAGUGGGCGCUCACCUGGAUAGGUGUGUGAUUGCAGGGCUGUGUCUCCUAACACUAGGUGGUGUGGUACUGUCAACCCUGUUGAUGAUCUCUAUGUAUAAAGGGGAGAUGAUCAGGAGACAAGCAUUUGCUUACUCCAAGCACCAAGCCAGACUCUAUGGCUCUAUGAAUUUUAGAAGUGGCGCGAGCCAGACCAGUGCUCCUUCGCUUUUGUCCCUUGAUGAAGAUGAAGGUCCUGUUGAAGUCUUAAGUUGAAGCUGACUCAGCUUCUUGACUUGUUAUCGCCAUACGAAAACAUGAUCAAAACAGCUUUGUUAUACUGUGAUCUAGGAGGACCCACUGUAAAACACAUUUUGUCAUAUUUAAAAAAACAAUAUUGUUCAUGUAAUACUAUCUAAAUUUACUUUUAAACUACUAAAUUACUACAAAAUUUGAGUCAAAUAAACGUGACUACAAUGGGUCAUACAACAAAGGUAAUUUUAAGGGUCCAAUCAGGUAAAAAUACUACACUUUUACAUUGUACUUAAUGGACAAUUAAAUGUUACAUCUCUGAAAAUGUAUCAUACCAACAUGGACUUGAGCCCUGUUUAUAUGAAAAAUAUAUUUGUGUGAGUUUGCUCAUUUUUCCAAAGCAUAUGUUCAUGUAAAUAUACAGAGUGCUUUACAAGUGCAGUGAUAUAAGCCUCAGUUUCUUUCAGUAUGCAGCUUUUAACUAUCAUAGGACCACUCAGCUAAAUUGCCAAAUGUACAUUUGUGUCAUAUUUAGCCAGUUGUCACAAUGGAAAAGAAAAUGCUUUUUCCUUUUUUUUUUUCAGACUUGGCAGUCUGUGUCUGACAGCUGACUUAAUCAUCAGUCAUUGUAUGAAAACCUCUCUCCAAUCAGGAGGGACAGAGAUUUAUUCCAAUGCUUCUGAAGCCAGUCAAAUCUAUAUAUUUGCAUUUGUAUAAAAAUACACACAAUAAACAGCUUUGCAACAGUACAGGGAACAUGAAUGCACACCAGGGAGGUUUGAACAAAUUUUUGUGAGGUUAGUUAAUUUAGAGAAUAUCUGUGCUUUUAAUACACAUGAAAUGCGGAAACUGUGUGAGCAGAUGUCUCUCUUUCUCUCUCAUCAGUGUGCGUGUGUACUAGAGGAGUCUCAUGGGAAAUGACUGCUCUAAGUUUCUCCUUCCCAAUAGCAGCUAACCCCAUUAGAGUCACACAUCAUAACACGUAAUGACCUGAAAGAACCAAAUCCAGAAUGCAGACCACAGCAAAAGGCACAUAAAACCAUUGUGUUGGCUCUCAUUCCCCAAAGCACAAGCUGUCAGAAGGUCAAACCAACUGCACAAGGUUAAAAUCUAAUUGAUAAAGGAAUAGUUCACUAAAAGUAAAAACUAAAGAUAAUUUACUGACCCUCACAUUGUUUCAAACUUGUGUGACUUUAUUUCUUGUGCAAAACACAAAAGAAUGUUUUGAAGAACUGUUUUUGUGCAUACAAUGGAAUUCAAUCGGGUACAAAACAACAACAUGGAAAUAUGAAAUAAUAUAUAUAUAAAUUCCUACAUUUUUUCUUCUUCUUUUAUGUUUUUAUGAUUCAUUAUUAGCAUUCAUGGAAACUUUUCAUACCACAAAAGCUUCUUUAUAGUGGACAAAUGUUCUUUCAAGAACUGAAGGGUUCUUUGGGCAACCAAAAAUGGUUCCCCCAAAACCCUUUUUUUAAGAGUAAAAUAUACAGGUUUGGAAAAAUAAGGGUGACUAUACACUAACAUAGCAAAAUUUAGGCAUGUAAGCCUCAGGUUGCAGUUCAAGGGAAAAAAAAUGUGCCCAUGAGGCUUUGAACAAGCAAUAGGCUCCGUUGGUGCUUCUGCUGAGGAGAACAGUCCGUAUAAGAAACGCUUACCAAGGGCCGGAUCAGAUUAUCCCUCCCUAUACACCAGCACUGCAGCAAAGAUUCCUGACACCAGUGUUCUUUUCAUCCCAUUUCUACUUGACAGCACACGCAUGAGUGUUUUAAUAGCCCUCUGAGUGUCUGUUUGUGUGAGAAUACUCAAGGGUAUCGUUAGAUGUUUAAACAAACGCUUGUAAAAAGAAAAAUUGCAGCUAUUAAAUCUACAUGUUACUACCAUCACCUGUGGUUUUA